AUGGUGCCUCAACUGCAAGUUCCGCACUGGCAGACCGUGGAGUCUCACUUUCACGCCACCAUAGACGGUUUAGGAGGCUGUAUUUCGUCUUGCAAAGGCUCCUUACGGGAGAAGUUCGCCUCAUCCACCUCACCGCCCUUGUUCGGCGGCGGCGGCUCCUCCGCCGCACCUUCCGCCGGCGGCGGUGGCGGCGCGGGUUCAGCGGCGUCAUCGGCGCCGUCCGUCGCGUCGCUGGUGCACAGCCAUUCGAUCGUGCUGCUGCUGACGUGCGUCAGCAUUCUAAUGCGAGUGCUCUAUGCACCCACCUCAGCAUCCCUCUUCCAUCUCUCCCCUACCCCUUCACAGGCGUCCAUGCUUCCCCUAGCGACGUCCGCACUACUGCUGGCUCUGCAGCGUCUGUGCCAGGCGAGUGCUCUAUCCACCCUCCACAACAUUUCUGUUGCAUCUCUCCCCUACCCCUUCACAGGCGUCCACGUCCGUGCUACCCUUAGCGCUGCAGAGGCUGUGCCAGGCGAGUGCUCUAUCCACCCUGCACAACACCCCUCCUCUCUCUCCCACCCUCUUUCCUCCCCCCAACGCCCGUGCCUCCUCCAACAGACGUCCGUGCUCCCUCUAGCCCUGCAGCGACUAUGCCAGGCCAGUGCUCUCUCCACCCUGCACAACACGCCCGUGCUCCCCUUGGCUCUACAGCGGCUGUGCCAGGCCAGUGCUCUAUCCACCCUGCACAACAUCACCGUGGGCGUGCUGUGGCACCUGCGCCCACACACAACCCCCUCCGCCACCCCUCAGACUGCCACCAGCAGUGCAGGGACGGAGAUGGAAACCCCCCCGCCUGUGCCCUUCUCAGCGCUGCUGCUGCCGCCCAAGGGGGUGGCGAUCCGCUCGUCACUGCCUGCAGGGGUGGUGAUGGUGGCAGGGGGGAAACGAUUGCAGGUGCAGCAGGGAGAUGGGCAGCAGGCAGAGAGGACGGAAGACUUUGGUAUUGCACCGGUGAAGCGCAAGUGUGGGGAGAGGGAGGAGGAGGAGUGGAGCCCUCUGAUCCUGCCCAUGGAGGUCUAUGUCCCCCGCUCUCUCGCCCGGGCCAUGGCAUCCACUGGCCCCUGCCGGCUGUAUGACGAGACUAUGAAGUGCUAUCAGUCACUGCAACCAUCAUUGGCAGUGCGGGGGAUGGUGGAUGGGGAGGAUGUGGGGCGAUUGAGGGGCACAACGGGAGUGCUGCUGGAGGACCCCAAACAAUCGGGAGCCACGGGUGCUGCUGCCUCUGCGUGCCCCAACGCCAAGCUCCUCCCCACGUGCCUCAUCCGCAAUCUCACGGUCUUCUUCCUCCUCCACCCCUCCCUCGACUUCACUCUUGCUGUCGCCUCCCCUCCCCUGCCCGCCCUCUCCGUCGCAUCCGCCUUCCACCCCAACCGCGCCCCGCUGCUGCCCCACACGACGGCAUGGCGCGCUGAGCACUGCGGGGAGGGAGGGAGUGCAGACAAUGCCACACCUUGCUACCAACGACUGCUGGCAGAGCUCUUUCUGCUGGCAGACGCCCCCUCGCUCAUCUUCACUCACAAGUCGCCCGCCUUCUCAUUCGCUGUGGCGCGCGGGUCAACACGGCAAUCCCGAGGGCUGCAGGGGGCGUUCAAGGUGGUGCAGCCAGCGCUGUGUGCCUCUGCGUGCCCCAAGCCGCUGCUGGCGAAUAAGUUUGCUCAACACAUGAUUGUGGAUGAGUCCCUCAAGGCCCUGUACUGCGCGCUGCCCAAGGUGGGCAACACGAGCUGGAAGCUCUGGUUCCGCCUCAUGAAGCUUCAUGGAAACUACUCCACUUUCCACUCCUUCGGCAAGAAAAAUUCCGAGGCAGCAGAUUCUGUGAACGGGACUGCAGCAGCAGAUGCUGCGGUGGGGGGAACAGAAGGGACAGCAGCAGCAGCAGCAGCAGCAGCAGCAGCAGCAGCGUCGUCAGAGUCAGCAGGUUUAAACAUAACAACCGAGGACUUUAAGAUGAUCCAUCUGCCUGGGCAGAACGGCAUCACAGAGCUGCCAGAGUUGAGCGAGGAGGCAGCCAUCCGGUUCAUCACACGGCGGGACGUGUUCCGAUUCACGUUCGUGCGCAACCCUCUCACGCGCGCCACGUCAGCGUUCCUCGACAAGUUUGUGCACGCGCGGAACUUCACGAAUGAGGGCGACGCGCGGCUGUAUUGGGCGGACGCCAUGUUUGGGAAGAGCAAGCAGCUCAAGAAGAUGCUUAAAGAGCAUCCUAAGGGUGACUUUUCGUUUGCGGAGUAUCUGGUUCUUGUGGAGGAGGCUCUUAAAGGGGAUGCUGAUAAAAUCGAGAAUCACAUUGACAAGCAGAUCGACCUGUGUGCGUUGGAUCGCGUGCACUACGACUUUGUGGGUCGCUUUGAGAAUAUGUCCGCUGACGUGGCAGCAGUGAUGCGUCAGCUCAACACAUCAGAUCUCGGGAUCUUCCAGAAGGGCAAGUCCCUCCAGCUCACAGGCGCGGACCAGCGUUCCGCACAAUUGUAUGAUAAAGUGAGUGAUAAAUGCUGCCAUUCCCAUUUGAUAAGGUGA